CAUUUUCCGUCUAUCAUACGGUACAUUUUGUAUAUAUAACAAGGAAUUGGUGGCACGUUUAAAUUGCUGUACGUUUAGAGUCAAGGCAAGCUCUUGUGAUAAGCCAGCCAGCCACAACCUUAAUUUGACUUGAUUUUCAAGAACCAGGGGAGGAGAGCUCCUGAUAAGGAAACCACCCAUCGCCUUAAUUUCACCUGAUUUUCAAAAACCAGGGGAGGAAAUUUCGUUUUCUUUCCCAGAGGCUGCUUCUUCAUGACAAUGCUAAGAUUCACAGUUGCCAUUCUUGUACUGAUCUUAACCAUCAAUUAUGGAAGUGGUAGUCGUUCCAUCAAAGAGAAAUCCAGUCUUGUAUCAGAUGGGAUGGAUCAAACAAGCAAAUCUUCUGUUCUUGAACUUGAUCUUCCGAUGACGACGACAGUGACCUGCGAGCCUAUCUAUGGCUUCCUACCUUGCACAACAACGCUGUGGGGGCAGCUGUUCCUGUUGGUGGUUUACGAGUAUUUGCUAUCCCUCUCAGAGGAGUUCAUUUCGAGCGGCUCCAAUCUUUUCUUUCAAAUGUUUGGAACUGGUAUUUUUGGUGCCAGUUUGUUCCACAUUCUUGGCAUAAUCCCACAAGUUAUGUUGGUUCUAGUUAGUGGAGCCUCAGCAAGUGGAGAAACCAUCGAAGCAAGGGCAACAAUAGGGAUGGGCUUACUUGCAGGAUCAGCAGUCCUGAUGCUUACACUAGUUUGGGGUUCUGUCAUCGCAUUUGGCAGCUAUGAUCUUUCAGACACUUCUUCACCAAAUUCAUCAAAUCCUGACAAUGCAGAUACUUCAAUUUCAUCCAAUUCCAAGAACAAGAAACCCUUUAGUUUAACCGGGUAUGGUGUAAGAACUGAUAUUGAAACUAGGUACAGUGCAAUAAUUAUGAUCCUGUCUAUGGUUCCAUUUCUCAUUCUUCAGCUUGCGAAAAUUCUAAGUUCAGCUACCGCGGUACGAGUAGUUGUCCUCAUUUCUCUCAUCGUCACGCUUGCUUUGCUAGGCGGUUACUGCACCUAUCAGGUAUUUGAGCCAUGGAUUCAGGACAGGAGACUUGAGUAUUUGAUGCGUAGAUAUAUACAGAAGAACUUGUUACAUAGACUUGUUUCAGCUAAUGGAAGGGCGAAUGAAUUCGAAAUAAAAAAGCUGUUUCUCAAGAUUGACAAGAAUAACAAUUCCCGUAUAUCACCAGCUGAACUGAGAGCUUUUAUACUUGGAAUACAAAUAGAAGAGGUUGGCUUGGAUGAAGAAGAUUUUGAGACAAAGGUCAUGGAAGAGUUUGAUUUCUCUGGUGAUUCUGAUAUAAACGAAACAGAAUUCGUUAGAGGAGUCUCAAAUUGGCUUAACAAGGUAAAUGAUCAAGCCCAAGGAGAGAGGAGACUUUUUCACGUUAAUGCAAAGAAAAACAAUGAAGAGAAGCGAAGUUUGUUACCUGCAAAGAAACGGAGCAAAGCUAGAAAGGGUACUGAUAACCCAUGGUGGAAUUACACCAAGGCCUUUUUCCUGAUCACGCUGGGGACUGCUAUUACGGUUUUGCUUGCAAAUCCCCUUAUGAUAACACUCCAAGAAUUCUCUACUUCUGCAAACAUUCCCUCAUUCUUGGUCUCAUAUGUGGUCAUACCCUGGGCUUUGAGCUUCCGACUAGCAUUCAGGGCCAUUAGUUCAGCCAGACAGAAAACAGAAAAUGCUGCCUCUCUAACAUUUUCAGAGCUUUAUGGUGCAGUGUUCAUGAACAAUGUGAUGGGUUUGGUCAUCUUCCUGUCUCUUGUAUACAUACGGAACAUUCCAUGGGGUGUGUCAGCGGAAGUUCUGGUUGUUCUACUUAUUUGCACAGCGAUGGGACUCUUUGCCACUUUCAGCACCAAAAUCGAGCUUUGGACAUGUAUCCUAGUAUAUCUUCUGUACCCCAUCUCCCUGCUGCUAAUUUAUGUUCUCACCAAUGUUUUGGGAUGGUCUUAGUCCAGCAAAGAUUGGUCAAGGAACUGAAUAGACAGAGUCGGGGCUCUUCGAAGUGUUUAUCGUCAGGGGGAGAACUUAUCCACUAUAAUCUCCUAGUCAUAACAUGGCUUCUAUCUGUGAUCAAUUGGGACAUGAAUAGUUUAAACUCAUAAAUUAUGUUUUCUACGGUAUAGACAAAAUUAAAUUUAUAUUAUUUAGUUUCCUUUUUAGUCUUUCUAUUCAAGAAGGAAAAACAUUGUAAAUGUAUGUGUAAUUUUAUUAUAAAUUUAUCGUCAAUCUAUUAUGAAUCUAUAGUAAA